CCCAUUUAAAGAAAGGCUGAGGGCGAAAGGAGGCAAGAGAAGAGAAGAAAGAGAAGCCAGGGGAGGGGGCGGGCGCCGUCCAAUGACAAAGCCCCGGGGUGGGCGCCCGCCGCUGCCGCCAUCUUUAGCCGGGCCACAGGACAACCAGCGCGUCCUCCGCCCCGAGGGGGAGGGGCGGCGAGGCGAGAAAAGUAGCGAGCGGCGCCGGGCGGAAGGCGCCAGCACAGGCGAGCGCCGCCGAGCCGGGCGCGGACGGGGACGGCGGGCGGUCCCGAGCGGCCUCCGAUGCGACGCGGCGUGAAGAGGCGGCGGCGCCGGCCCCGGGCCGCCUGGGGCGGCGGCUACGGAGCGGAAGGAGGGGCCGGGCUGGAGGCGCUGGAGGAGAAGGUGGUGUACUCGCGGUCGCAACUGUCGCUGGCCGGCAGCACGGAGGCGCUGGGCGACGCCUUCAAGCUCUUCAUGCCCAGCAGCACGGAGUUCAUGAGCUCGGAAGCGGAGCUCUGGAGCUUCCUCUGCAGCCUCAAGCACCAGUUCUCCCCGCACAUCCUGCGCAGCAAGGACGUCUACGGCUACUCCUCGUGCCGGGCACUGGUGCCCGACCCCCCGGCGCCCGACAGCCGCCCCGCGCGCCGGCCGCGCCCGCGCGCAACGCCCAGGAGGAGGCGCCGUGGAGCUCGGGCUGCCGCGGGCAUCCGCAGGCCGCGCCCCGCCGCUGCGGCCGCGGAGCCCGGGCCUCCCGCGUCCUGCUUCGGGGGCCGCACCCUGGAGGAGAUCUGGAGGGCGGCCACCCCGACGCUGACCAGCUUCCCGACCAUCCGCGUCGGAGACGACGUGUGGGGCGAGCGCAGCCUGGCGGUGGCGCGGCGCAGGGCGAGCCAAGUGCUGCGAGUGGACCUGGACCCGGUGGUGAGGCUGCGCCGCUUCCCGGUGCCCCGGGUGUGAUGCGCGCCGCGGCGCCUCCUGCCGGCCGCCGCCCGAGGAAGCUUCCGCGCGCUGGAACGGACUAACGUCAGUCGAAUGUUUACAGAACCGGCCCCCUUUGGUGCACUUUAUGCGCGAACAAGGCCCCUGGAUGCGGUGCGGCGCCGCGGUCCGGGCGGGAUCGGGACAGUUGCGGCCCCCACGCCUGCGGCCAGACGGGACGGCCGGACCCGCGACAGAAGUUCCUUUGCUUCCCAACCCGGAUGGAGACGUCUCCAGAACCUGGAGGGACACGUGCAUUUUCUCCCUCUCGGACUCUACCUCACCGGUCUGGAAGUCCUCCGAAGACUUACACAUUUUUUUCUCCAAAGGAAUUUUGUUUUCGUGCUUGUGUAAUACAGCCAGAGUUUUACUUGCUCCUGGUUCCCCUUCUGUUUUCUUUUUGACUGUCAGCCCCACUUUCUGGACAGAAGAUCGACUGUGUUUCCUGGUGAAGUGCUGGUGUACGCUCAGGGUAUUCUAAAGCCCACUCGUUUUCUAAUUUUUACUGGAUUCCAAAGCUUUGAUGAAGGUCGUCUUUUAAGAGUUUCAAACUUAUGACUGUUAAUGUAAGGAUUUGUAUGGCUUUGAAUUUCAUGAGCUCAGUGAUUAACAAGAGAUGCAAAGUACAACUUUAAAAUGAAAGGUUAAGGUGUUUAUAUAUAAAGUUUUAUAUUGAAAGUUAAUGUUUAUAUUUACUGAGCUCCUAAGUAAAAAUGGUAGAAUAUUCUUUAAAAGUUUUGUUUAAGAAAAGUUGACUUACUCUACUCAUUUAAAUUGAAUAAAAUUGAAGUGUUUUGAACCACAUGGCUUCUGAUAAAAAUUGAAUAAAUUUUGAAGAUGUUGGGUACAAGAAUGACUGGAAUCCAGUUGGAGGUGUUUGACCUCGCUUCCUGGUGUAACAUAAUAUUCAGGAUUGUUAAUGGGAAGAGAAUUAAGAUGGAAGUUGUUUAGGAGAGAUCAAUAUGUGUGGACAUUGUGAAUAAACAGAUAAACAGAAUACCCUUUAGAAUUCCCAGAACUGUGAAUGAUCUUUAGGGAGGGGCAGGGGCUUUUCUUGGUACCACAUAACUGGUCAAAGUUGUUUGGCAGAAAAGUAGAUCUUAAUUCUUUGUUGUUGGAUAACAAGAAAUGCCUAAACUAAUACUCAUUGUAUUUCUGCAAACCAUGACAAUUGGUUGACGUUUUGUCCUAUGAGUUUUCUUUUUCUCUUCUUCCCAUUCAUCAUUGUGUUUGCAAUCUUUGAUAGCUGAAGGCCACAGGAAUCAAAACAUCGAGCCACACAGUACUGACCCUUCUUGUACACUUUUGUAAUAGCGUGUAUACCAUAUGGCCCAGAGUGGAGUUCUUGAUUAUCCAAGUGCCUUUGGUCAUUGGUGGCAGCAAGACUUGGUGGGUUUUUAGCCAGUGGUGCCACAGCCAGCUUUUUCUGCAAUACCUAAAGGGUCAAAUAGUGUUUUUUCUACCACUGUUAUUUCAGAUUUAAGUGUUCUGCCAUGGGACAUUCCUACAGGGCUGGAACUUAUUAAGCACUCAGUGCUAAGGUUUAUCUCUGCUUGGCAGUUUCUGAGAAUAAUGACAGUUGCAGUUUUGACUCUUGUGUUCCUAGAAUUCAAUGGCAUAGCUUUCUGAAUUAAGUACUUUAAGUUUUUAAUAGUUCAUGAAAAGAGUUGUGAGUUUAAUUUUAGUGUUUUUCUUUUGUAAAAAAAAACCACACACACAUACACACACGUAUAUAUACAUAUAUACAUACAUAUACGACUUUAUGCCAGUUUUCCACAAGCCUCAGUCUUUUAUUCACCACUCAAUGAUAAUACAUUGUUAUAAAUACUGUUACUUGAGUACAUGAAAGGUGGGUCACCAUGAGAGGGAGAGUGUUAGAGCUGUGUCAUGGGAAGCUGAGACAGUCUUGGUUAUUAGCUUCCAUUGCCAAAUGUAUUUCAGAGACAUGGGAUUUUCUUCCCAAAAAAUAUAUUAACUUUUAUAGCUAACUAGCACCUGAUGAAAAUGCAUUUGUACCACUUCACGUGUAUAUAGUUUUAUAGCAAGAAAUAAAUUCAAUGGCCAUAUUAGAAUGUAAUUUCAACAUGGGAUUUAUCUAGAUACUUCCCAUAAGAUUCUGAAAUUAGACAUGGCUGAGGGUAAAAUUUGCCUCGGGCCACAAUGGACAGGUAACCAGUUACACCAUGCAUUUAUCAUUUAUUUAUUUUUAACAUUUGUUUCUCUCAUGCCUUGGUACUUUAGUGCAGUUGAUGGUCUGUGUCAAUGCGUCUUUGGCUUAUCGAUCCGACUGACUAAAGUUUGGAUUUGGUUUCCAAUCUGAGUUUGAUACGGCUCAAAAA